AGACCGUUCGGAGAUAAUAGGGCGCUUGUGGGUGUUGUUCACGUGCGGCGACAAGAGCGGGUUUAUUUGGGAGUACUGCGGUCUUUGCAUCUGGUGUUGGCGAAGUAAGUCUCAAGAAUGGAAGUCAUGGAAAAAGUCGGCGCUCAAAGUUUUGACUGCAGUCGGUGCAGUUUCCAUGGCAGCGAUUACGAAAGCACACAACUUCAUAUGGGAACCAUCCAUCCAGAAUUUUGUGAUGAAAUGGAUACUGGCGGAUUAGGAAAGCUAGUUUUUUAUCAGAAAAGUGCAAGAUUAUUUCAUUGUCAUAAAUGCUUCUUCACAAGUAAGAUGUUUGCAAAUGUUUAUUACCAUAUCCUGUCUCGGCACUCGCCCGAAAAAUGGGACAAUGAGGAGAAAGAUUCUGCAGAGAUGAAGUCAGGACCAGGAUCCGUAGUGAACUCUGAGAAGAAUUAUUCUGAAAGUGGAACAAGUGAGGAUGAAAGAUCUCAAGAUGAACAGAAGCAGGAAGACAAGGUAGAUGAAGUUGAUGAAAAUGAUACACUCACAUCUUGGCCAGAGAAAGUGCCAAGUCAGAGCUCAGACAGUGAAUUUAAAAGCAACAGUUUAGAAAAGGCAUCUACAGAGUCUCCAGAGACCAAGGAUAAGGAUUUAAGUAGCGAUCAGGAGCUGCUAGAAUCAGAGUCUAGCAGCACCAGCAGUAAAGUAAGCAAAACAAAUUCAGUUAAAGCAAAAGACAACACAGAGAUUUCUACUGAUAUCACAGCUUCACUAGCAAAACACAUUCCAGAGUUUUCUGAUGAUGAAGAUGAGUCACCUGCUCUACCAGAUGGCAUCCCACAUUUUUCUGAAGAUGAGGAUACUAUAGCACCACCCAGGGAACUACAAGAGUCAUCUGAUGAUGACACUGUAAAUGAUCAGUCAAGGGGUAUUGAAGACAUUUCUGAAGAUGAGAUGCCUACGCAGGCGAAGCCCACAGAUAAUGGCUCAGAAGAUAACGUUCCUGUACAUUCAAAGGAAAUGUCAGACUCUUCUGAAGAAGAUGAACCUGUUACUAAGAUUAAAAAAAUGAUGGACUUUACUGUGGAAGGUGAGGCUCCAGCUCAGUCUAAAGAUACAAUGCCGUCCUCAGAAGAAGAUGAGCCAAUAAACACGGCUAAAAACAUUGAAUAUCCAGAAGAGGAAGACACAAGAUCCAUAUCUGAGAAUAUUGUGGGCUGUUCUGAACAAGAGGAGACACCAAAUGUGUCCAAAAACAUCAUGGAGUUUUCAGAAGACGAAGACACCCCAGCCCUAUCUAAGGACAUUAUGGAGUUUUCAGAAGAAGACACUCCAUCGGUUUCAAAAGGUUUAAUGGAAUUUUCAGAGGAAGAGGACACAUCUCCUCAGUCGAAAGACAUGCCAAAAUAUUUAGAGGGUAAUUCAACACCAACUCAGUCAAAAGAAUAUGCAGAUUUUGACCCGUUGGUAUCAAAGGAACAAUCCAUGUUAUCUGAAGAUGAAGAUUUCCCACCUGAAAGAAAUUCUAUCCAGGCAAAGGAAAAACUUAAUAUUACACAAAGUGGGAGCACCCCAGCUCAACUGGCAAGUGUUUUACCUUUUUCAGAUUAUAGUACGCCAUCUUGGUCUAGAGAUGCAUUGGAUGCUCCAGAUGAAGGGGAUACGGCUGCUCCACAAGACACCCCUGAUCCUACCGAAGAUAAGGAUGGCUUCAUGAAAGAUGAAGAAAUAAUGAAACAUGUUCGCCGUGCAAAGGGAAAAUUUUAUUGUCUGUUAUGUGUAUGUCGUCCCUUGAAAAAGGGGCCAAUGAUGCACCAUUUGAUUACCAGGCAUGAUUUGCCAAGUCCAUUUGUAUGCAAAACCUGCGGGAAGACAUUUUUGAUGGAGACCCAUCUAAAAACCCAUCUUGCAUCCCAUAGCAAAGGUUUGUUUAAAUGUAACCUCUGUAAUUUUCAGACUGAUCAUUCAAGGGGAUUUAAAAAACAUCAAACGCAUUGCCAAAACCGUCAUAAAGACGAUGUUAGCAAACCAGUGUUGGACUUCCAGGAGGAUCCCAAAGAUGAGGAAGCUGAACUUUAACUUUUAUGUUUAGCUAUGUUUACAUACGAAGUUCCUUUUAUUCCUAAAUUAAGACGUUAAAAACUUAGAGAGAGUAAGUGACUGUGUUGCUACUAAGCACUCAAUUUAAUUAUAUAAAGUUGUUGAAAUCAGAGCUCAUAUAGUAUGUAAAAGCAGAUGAACAAGGCCAGAGCUAAUUAGACAAAGUAACAAAAAAAAAAUAGCUGGGUGAUAGUAGCAUAAGUUAUUAAGUAUGUGAUUAAAAACUUUGUAAAGUCUAAAGUUUUAAACUUUCAUAUUUUUUCUGUGCCUAAAUGCAUUGUUUAGAACAUACCUUUUAAAAUGCUGUCUGGUGUAAAAGUUAAUUUUGGCAUCGUGGGUCUGUAAAUCCAAUACUGCCUCUCUGGCUGUAAAUUGUAUAUUUUGCGUACUAACACAAUUUGUUGCUACUGAAAACUUCCCCACCAACACGUUGUAGAUUACUGUGUUUUAUGUGGUGAAGUUGAAAUAUCUUAAGGAUUUAUUCACUAAACUAGGAGUUUGGAAUGUGGCUGGAAAGUAGUGGUCUCAACUUCCUCACUUCACUUUUCGUUAGGAAUAUCAUCACUGCCAAGUUUUUCCAGGAAGAAGCGAGUGAGGAGAUUAUGAAGCAAUCUCACUGAUGUGGAAAAUCACUGGAGUUUGCCCUUCAUAAUGUAUAAUGAAGUAAAGGGAUUAAACCACAAUUCUAUUGCAAACUCUUCUUUUUAGUGACUAGACCUCCAUGAGUAGGCGUGAGAUGGUUUCCCAUGUUAACAACUCAGGCCCUUUUGCAGGAGAAACUCACUGUUGGCUUUCAAAGUGCGUUUUAUUGAGGUUGUUGAAAUAUUGAACAUUCCUGCAAACUCUUCCUUAGUGAGUGUUCUCCUUGGUAUUACACGGUAUGGUGUUUAUUGGAUUUUCCCCCCAUUAGGAUGAGUGAAAUCAGAACUCGGAAGGUUGUUUAUUUUUUUUUCCUAAAAAUGAAAAGCAGUAUAAUGCAGAAUAUUUUUGUAAAGAAAAUGUGUUGUAUCUUUGCUGUUAAAAUUUUAUUUGUGAUUA